CUUCCCCUUCCCCUCCCAGCGCGCCCGCGCGCCCCGCGGCCCUCGGCGAGCAGCUCGGCUCCCCCCAGCGCUCCCCGGGCCCAAAGAUAUGGCAAUGGUAGUUAGCAGCUGGCGAGAUCCGCAGGACGACGUGGCCGGGGGCAACCCCGGCGGCCCCAACCCCGCAGCGCAGGCGGCCCGCGGCGGCGGCGGCGCCGGCGAGCAGCAGCAGCAGGCGGGCUCGGGCGCGCCGCACACGCCGCAGACCCCGGGCCAGCCCGGAGCGCCCGCCACCCCCGGCACGGCAGGGGACAAGGGCCAGGGCCCGCCCGGCUCGGGCCAGAGCCAGCAGCACAUCGAGUGCGUGGUGUGCGGGGACAAGUCGAGCGGCAAGCACUACGGCCAGUUCACCUGCGAGGGCUGCAAAAGUUUCUUCAAGAGGAGCGUCCGCAGGAACUUAACUUACACAUGCCGUGCCAACAGGAACUGUCCCAUCGACCAGCACCACCGCAACCAGUGCCAAUACUGCCGCCUCAAGAAGUGCCUCAAAGUGGGCAUGAGGCGGGAAGCGGUUCAGCGAGGAAGAAUGCCUCCAACUCAACCCAAUCCAGGCCAGUACGCACUCACCAACGGGGACCCCCUCAACGGCCACUGCUACCUGUCCGGCUACAUCUCGCUGCUGCUGCGCGCGGAGCCCUACCCCACGUCGCGCUACGGCAGCCAAUGCAUGCAGCCCAACAACAUCAUGGGCAUCGAGAACAUCUGCGAGCUGGCCGCGCGCCUGCUCUUCAGCGCCGUCGAGUGGGCCCGCAACAUCCCCUUCUUCCCGGAUCUGCAGAUCACCGACCAGGUGUCCCUGCUACGCCUGACCUGGAGCGAGCUGUUCGUGCUCAACGCAGCCCAGUGCUCCAUGCCGCUGCACGUGGCGCCGCUGCUGGCCGCCGCCGGCCUGCACGCCUCGCCCAUGUCCGCCGACCGCGUCGUGGCCUUCAUGGACCACAUCCGCAUCUUCCAGGAGCAGGUGGAGAAGCUCAAGGCGUUGCACGUCGACUCGGCCGAGUACAGCUGCCUCAAAGCCAUCGUGCUGUUCACGUCAGAUGCCUGUGGCCUGUCGGAUGCCGCCCACAUCGAGAGCCUGCAGGAGAAGUCGCAGUGCGCGCUGGAGGAGUACGUGAGGAGCCAGUACCCUAACCAGCCCAGCCGCUUCGGCAAACUGCUCCUACGACUGCCCUCGCUGCGCACCGUAUCCUCCUCGGUCAUCGAGCAGCUCUUCUUCGUCCGUUUGGUAGGUAAAACCCCCAUCGAAACUCUCAUCCGCGAUAUGUUACUGUCUGGGAGCAGCUUCAACUGGCCUUACAUGUCUAUCCAGUGCUCCUAGACCUUGGGCGCUUCCCACCUGCCCCCACCCCCUAGAGACUCACAGGACCGGCGGGGGGCCGUGGACUCCAAUGCCGCGGGGACACCAGGCGGCCGAUGCAGGGUGCGGUGGGCCGGGCAGCGGGGAGGAGGGCCAGGGCGACAGGAGCAGCCCACCGUGCAGAAAUGCAACCCGAGCUGCAAACCAGGAGAAAAAGAGACUCUUUUUAGUGUCAGAUCUGUGGACACGUUGGAAAGGAAAGGAAAAAGACCUUGUGUCUGAUGAGAAAAAGAAAAAAAUUUGGAAGAGAGGACCAUGAAAAUUUUAAUAAAACAGAAGGAGACUAACGGACCUUCCAGGAUUUAUUGUGGACAGAUGUGGAUAUAUUCUGUACAGAAAACAACACACAUGGAAGUGGACCGAAUCCUAUGUAGAAACACACACACACACACACACACACACACACACACACACAUUGUUAUUCAUUUUGUAAAAUACUAGUCUUUAUUUUCAUUUUUUUGUAAAAUUUAAACAUCGUAUGCACAUAAAAAAGAAACAAGAAUUAGGGGAAAAUAACAUUUUCCAAAUAAUUAUAAAAAAAUUGUCCUGUGUCUAUGUAUCUAUAUCUGUUUUGUAUUUUUUUCUGGUUCCAAACCAGAUUUCCUGUGAUUCUAUACUAAUAAUUUUUGAUAUAACCCUUUGCUUCUUAUAAUGAGUGCGAUAUAUGUUGUCGAGGCUGUUCUUCAAGAAUUAAAAUUGAAGUGAAAAUUUAAACAAAAAAUAAAAGAAUUUAGCAAAA